GGGCUCAAUUAUCAUUACAGCCAGACCAAAGUGUUCUCUCAGUCAUCACAACUCACAUUUCUCUCUAUUAUUGUUUUGGCAUUUAAAACAGUCUAGUCAAUGGAGGGAUUAAGGACAAUGGUAUCUGCAAGGCCACUAGUGAUUUUCACUAAGAGCACUUGCUGCCUGUCCGACUCCAUCAUAAUCUUCUUUAGGAACUUUGGCGCUGACCCAGCCAUUCAGGAGCUCGAUCAAAUACCGAAAGGCCGAGAAAUGGGGCAGGCUCUUUCGAGGCUCGGUUACAAUAACAUGCCGGUAGUGUUUAUUGGUGGUAAACUGGUGGGUGGAGUUAAUGAGGUCACUAGUCUUCACAUCAGGGGCUCCCUAGUCCCAAUGCUUUUGGAGGCAGGAGCUAUAUUUGUUUGAUGUUUUACUUACUUUGCAUUUCCAGCUAAUUAAUAAACUCUGUUUUAGUACUUAAAAACAGUGACAUUAGGUGUUCUCUUAACUACUAUCAUAUAGAGCUAACCUAGUAGCCUUCGGUAGUUCUAAUGACAGUACUAUUGAAUAAUGUAUACUUAGCUAUUUUUUGUAAUUUGAAGUAAUAUAUGUAAUCUGCUUGAGUUUUUGUUA